AUAAAAAAAAAGAAAGAAAAAGCAGGAACAAUAAUCAAAGUGUUGGGAAAUCGAGCACGAGAUAUAUAUAAGGAUGUCAACAUUGGAAGCAACGCUCUAGAACUUCAAAGCUGACUUCAUUGAUAUUUCAAAUAUGGGAAGUAGAGCAGCAAAGGAUAUAGUUAUUUACUCCGCCGGGUGUGUCAGAAAAUGGCCCCGGAAACGCAGGCUCGACUCGUCGCCUCAGCCAUGAGUCCAUAACUACUCCGUACUCUAGGUAUUAUUAGUAGUGUCGCUUUCCAAGGGAAUACAGCGUAGUUAUUAUUAUUAUUAUCAUUAUUAAUGAAGGACUGGAUAACUGAUCCUCAACCAACGUGAACCAAGGGAGCCAGCCACCAGACCAGGCCGCUGUUUUGGAUGGGAGGCUGCCCCAACCCGACAUCGCCCGAGCUCGGCUUGCCUUCGAGGGCGUUUGCAGCGCAUUCGAUCCCCGGAAUGCCUGGGCUAGUGCCAGCCGUAGAGAACGAGGAGACGCCGAAGACCGCCUAGAGAAGUCGCUAAAGGGCUCUCGGGAAGGGUGCGGGGACGCUAUCUCGUUAGGCUUGCUUGUCCGGAGUACGGAAGUAGCAGGCGGCGGCGAUUUAUUACUAAAUUUAACGACGGAGCGAGUACCUAGGCAUGUAAUUAAUAAUUGUAUACGGAAUACACAGACAGUAACCUUGCGCCGUUUGUUGUUGUCGUCGUUGUCGCUGUUGUCACUGUUGUCCGAUGCCUUGUUGACUUGUUGUCGAGUUCGAGAAGUAAUCACAAUAUACUCCGUAAUAAUAAUAAUAAUUAUAAUAAUAAUACUCCCUGGUCCCUAUUUCCCCUUCCUCCCUUCUCACUUCCCCACUUCCCCAGACAGAGAGCCAGAUGUUUGGCCAUAUAAAUAAGCACUCCGGUUACUUUUGCUGCUCUCUCCUCUCUCUUCCUCCUCCUCUUCCAACCUCUAGCUUUGUGAAUGCUCCAAAGAACUUGGCCCAAUAUCUGUUGCUUUCAUCCAGUUCCUCCUCCUCCUCUUGCUUGCCCAUUAUGAGUCAAGGUGUCCCCCGUUUCCAGCAGCGCAGUUGCGUCCAUUCUUCUGCCCCUGCCAACGCUACUCCUUCAGAGAGCUCCUAUGACACCGCAAACCCUGGCUAUAUCCGCAAAUACCUUCGAUCAUACGGCUUGACGCCUCCCCGGGUGGAGAGCUAUGAGACACAGAAGACUAGAUGUCUGAGGCAGUUGGCCCUCAAACCAACCUCCAUCGACAAGUUCCUCUACCUCAGCACUCUCCGCAGGAAUAACGUCCAUCUUUUCUACCGUUUGGUUGUAGACCAUCUAAAGGAACUCACACCUUUGAUAUACACGCCCGUUGUGGGCGAAGCUUGCCAGAGAUGGUCCGAAAUAUAUCAGCAACCUGAAGGAAUGUAUAUCAGUUACGAAGACAGAGGCAACAUUGCAGCUGUCAUUCAAAAUUGGCCCCAGCCGCAUGUCGAUAUUACUGUUAUCACGGAUGGCUCUAGAAUUCUUGGCCUGGGAGACCUUGGCAUCAAUGGAAUGGGUAUCCCCAUCGGAAAGCUUGCCCUAUACACGGCCUGCGCUGGUGUCAGGCCGGAUGCUACUCUGCCUCUAACCCUAGAUUUGGGAACGAGCAAUAAGGCGUUGAGAGAAGAUCCUCUUUAUAUGGGUAGUCGUCGAGACAAGGUGACCCCUGAGCAAGAAUUGGAAUUUAUGGAUGAACUGAUGAUCGCCCUGACCGAGAAAUGGCCUGGCAUUGUCGUGCAAUUUGAGGAUUUCAAGAACCCAUUCCCAGCUCUUGAACGGUAUCGCCACAGAUUUACCUGCUUUAACGACGAUAUUCAGGGAACCGGCGCUGUUAUUCUUGCGGGAGUCAUGAAUGCCGUAAAGCAGUCUGGCAUUCCCACCAGAGAGCAUAAGGCUGUCUUCCUUGGAGCAGGGAGCGCUGGUGUUGGUGUUGCCAAACAGAUUGUCGACUUCUUCGUUCGCGAAGGAAUGACAGAAGACGACGCCAAGGCCUGUUUCUACCUCGUUGACACAAAGGGUCUUGUCACGGCUGAUCGGGGCGACAAGCUUGCCCCGCAUAAGGUUUACUUUGCGCGAACUGAUAACCAGGGCCAGCAGUUGAAGACAUUGAGCGAGGUUGUUAAUCAUGUCAAGCCCACCAUGCUUAUGGGCCUGUCGACCCUUGGAGGCGUAUUUACCCCUGAAAUCCUCAGAAGCAUGGCCUCCUUCAGCAAGCGACCCAUCAUCUUCCCCCUCUCAAACCCCUCCGCGAACUCUGAAUGCGACUUCGAAGCCGCCAUCACACACACCGAUGGUCAGGCACUAUUCGCCUCCGGCUCCCCCUUCCAGCCAUUUUCAUUUAAAAACUCAGCUGGCCAGACAAAAACCUACUAUCCAGGCCAGGGCAACAACAUGUACGUCUUCCCUGGAAUUGGUCUGGGAACCAUCCUCAGCAAAGCCGUCGAAGUCACCGACAGCAUGAUCUACGCAUCUGCCGAAGCCCUCUCCAAAACCCUUACCCCAGAGGAACUCGAACAUGGCCUCCUCUACCCGGACCUCACCCGCAUCAGAGAGGUGAGCGUCGUUGUGGCACGUGGAGUCAUCCAUGCAGCCCAAGAGGCCAAGGUCGAUCGGGAGACGGGAAUCCGCGCGCUGAGCGAUGCAGACAUGGAUGCCUGGAUCCGGUCGAAGAUGUACGCUCCACAUUCUGAGGUUGCGUCGCUGGAGCGAGAGGUGGGCAUCUUGCUUUCGUCGAUUGGCCGGCCGAGCUACGGUAGUAAUGGCUGGGAGAUGGGGUCGGAUGAAGAUCCCAAUGAUAAGGGGGCUAAGUUGUGAAUAUAACGUGCCGGGAACUUUUAAUUUCUUUUCUUUUGAAGCUUUCCAAUCGCUCAAACCCUCCACCUUACCCCCGCUUACCGUGAUUGGCACCGUUUCCUUUCGACCCCUGAGUCCUCUAGCGCACCUUUUCCAUUUUACCUGCCUCUUUUACCUGCUUCAGAUGAGAAGUGACACAUGAAUGCAUUGACACAUGUGUUUGUUCUUUUCUUCGUCUUGUUUUCCCCAGGUUUACAAUUUUGUUUCUGUCUGGCGCAUGUUCUCACUCUUCUUCUUCUUUUUUUUUUUUUUUUUUUUUUUUUUUUUUUUCUUGUGUGGGAACACGGCAUGGAACAAAAAAGGGAGCAUAUGCGUCGGGAUCAUAUCAUUUCCUUAUUUUUGUGUGCUUUUGUUUAUACCCUUGCAAAGGUUCUUUUUUGGUAAUUAAUUUGAUGAAAUUUUUUAUCUAAGAUAGAGAUGGAUGGAUGGUUGGAUGGAUAUGGUUAUACAGCAUACAGGAGUGGUCGGUCAGGGUGGGUUUUGGUAGAAUGGCAGAUGAUGAAUGGAAGGCGGUCUUUUUUUUUUCAAUUUUAAAUUUAAUAAUAUCUUUUUUGCAAGAAUAAAAAAAAAAAAAAAAAAAAAAAAAAAAACCCAUUGAAUAAAAUGGGAUAGGUGCUGCACGAUGGUGAACAAAUUUGGCACGCGGUAACUCCGCACAUGUGGUAGCUACCACAUGCUUUCUACACAGUAUGCCUUUUGGCAAAGCUCAUGCAUGCCUCGAUAUGCAACUAGAUAUGCAAGUCAUCGAUCACCCUGUCACCCUGUCACCCUGCCGUCUAGAGCGUGAGGUGGGGGGGUAGGUGAGGAGUUCUCGUCCGCUGCCCGCCCACAAACCUCGGUCUGUCUGUAGAAGGCAAAGUAUAGUUAUAUGUAUGUAUAGGUAUGUAUAAUUACUAUCUAUGAAAUGGGAUGUUGAUAAGGUUUUUUUUUUCUUUUUUUUUUUUCUUUUUUUUUUGCUUGUUUUAGAUAGUUGUAAAGUGGGGGGGAUGGAGCAGGUAGGAGCUUCAAACUAGUUUAUUGUUGUUGUUGUUGUUAAUAUCACUGAUUGAUAUCAGGAAUCAACUCUGGUUGUGUUGAAGAGCACAUGUAUCUGUCUAUGUAUACGUUUUUUUUUUUUUUCCCUUGUUUUUAUAUGGUAUUAUUGUUUGGGAAACUCAUAUGAAAUGUCGUCAUAGCCUUAUCGGGAAUAUAUGUUUGUUCGCAUGUGAUUUUUUUUUUUUGGUCUCUCUAUACCCCUGCGCAUUAUUAGCAUACUACUAUAUUUCAUAUGCAAAAAAAAGUCCCCAUUUAUUAUCACAUAGCAAUAUCAUGGAACGAAAAUUAAAACCCUUAUCAAA